AUGAAGGGAGGUGGCGUCAUCAGGGCCGCCGGCGGAGGUGCCGGCGGCGCGGGUCUGAUGCGAACGCGACUGCGGCUUCCCGUGGUGCUCCUCUCCUGCUCCCUCUUCUUCCUCGCCGGCUUCUUCGGCUCGCUGCUCUUCACCCAGGAUCCGGAGGAGGCGGACAUGCCGGUGCCGAGGGAGCGGCUGCUGGAGACGGCGUGGCCUGAGAUGCCAUACGGCGAGUCCGGCGAGGCUGCGCCGUCCGUAAUCCCAUACCAGAUUUUGAGCUGGCAGCCUCGUGCUUUGUACUUUCCACAAUUUGCGACAUCAGAACAGUGUGAAAAUAUAGUAAAAACUGCAAAGGAGAGACUGAAGCCAUCAACAUUAGUCCUGAGGAAAGGAGAAACCGUGGAGAGUAAAAAAGGAAUCAGGACAAGUUCGGGAACAUUCCUCAUUGCUAAUGAAGACCCAACUAAAACCCUUGCAGAAAUCGAGAAGAAGAUUGCAAGGGCUACCAUGUUACCCCGAAAUCAUGGGGAGCCAUUUAAUGUCCUGCGGUAUAAUAUUGGACAAAGGUAUGCUUCGCAUUAUGACGCAUUUGACCCAGUCCAGUAUGGUCCACAAAAAAGUCAAAGGGUGGCAUCAUUCUUGCUUUAUCUCACGGAUGUCGAAGAAGGGGGAGAAACUAUGUUCCCAUACGAGAAUAGUGAGAAUAUGGAUAUAGGCUAUGACUAUGAAAAGUGCAUUGGCCUAAAGGUAAAACCAAGGAAGGGUGAUGGACUCUUGUUCUACUCCCUUAUGGUAAAUGGAACCAUUGACCGGACUUCACUUCAUGGUAGCUGCCCUGUCAUCAAGGGCGAGAAAUGGGUCGCCACAAAAUGGAUCAGAGACAAUAUAGUGUAG